UAAGCAUGAAAGUGUGUAUCCUGCAAUGUCAGAAAUGGUUGUGAUGUUUUUACAUAUGUCUUGUAUAUGAUGUCUGCAUAUGUAGAAAUGUUCUUAGAAGCAUGCGUCAUACUCGUGGUGUAAACCCAAAGUGUGAACUGCUGCCCCCUGCUGGGUCGUGGAUAUACUGCAGGUUGGUCGGGAGAGGUAAUUGACAAUUCAUAAAUAUGUUUUUUAAUGUCCAAUUUUGUCUUGAAGAUUUUGUAAAUUACAGUUAAAAAUCUAUGAUUAAAUAUCUACAUGUAAAAAGUAACCAGAACUCAUAUAACAAGGGGGUUAAAUGACAUGUUAUUCUUCAUUUGCUUGACCUAUAUCUAUCCACUGCUUCCCAUUCAUAUUUGCACCAUCUACCGAAUUAAACCCACAGUGACAGGUGACAUUGCAAUUCCAACAGGAGGGCAACAUUAUUUGACAGGGGAACAGACUUUGACACAUCACUGGAAAGUAUCUUAUACCAUGUCAAUGACUGAACUGUAACUGCAGGUACUGCAUGUUAAAAAAAAAAUCACAAAUUGUGACAUGUAUGUGGAUGUUAUAAGUUGGUAGAGCAUGUACAGAGGCUGUGUCCUCAUUCAAGCUGCACUGAAUUCUUCAGCCUUUUUGCUGCAUGCCAUCCCCCAUCACCCCCCUCUCCUGUCAACUAUCUUGCUGUCCUACCAAAUAAAAGCCCACAAGAAUUUAUUCAGAUUGCACUGUAUUACUUUAUGCCAAACUUCACAUGGAAAUAUUCUGUUAAUGAAAAGAACAAGGGAAAUACUGAGUCUCAUUGUUGAUCUAAUGGGCUUAGAGAUUCUACAGAAAAAGCCAUUUUCACAUAUUCAUUUUUAAUUUUUUCCUCAGAUCAGACUACUGGCAGUUGCUGCUCAGAUGCUGCAGGAGGAAAAGGAGCAGAAGUUAAAGGAGAGAGAAGCUACUCUGGCAGAAAGAGUUCCUCCUCUUAGCAUGUCUGGUCUUUCAUUGCAAGAGCUGCUGGACCUUUGCAAAGAUUUGCACCACAAGAUUGAUGUCGUAGAUGAGGAGCGAUAUGAUACUGGCCUCAAGGUGUCCAAAAAUGACCAGGAGAUUGAAAACAUGAACCUGAAGAUCAUCGAGGUACAGAGUAAGUUCAAGAAACCGACCCUGAAGAGAGUGAAGAUCUCAGCUGAAGCCAUGCUGAGCGUUCUGCUGGGCGGCAAACACAAGGAGUCCUUCGACUUCAAGGCCAACCUCAAGACAGUCAAGAAGGAAGAGGAAAAGAAGGAGGAGGUGACUGACUGGCGUAAAAACGUGGAGGCCAUGUCCGGGAUGGAAGGCAGGAAGAAACUGUUUGAUGCAUCCGGCAACUGAAGAAACAUUUACCUUGUUAUCUUCUCCUUUUAAUAAAUUCUAAUAAAU